GGGCAGACCUGGCACUGCCUGUGGUACUUUGUUGUGCUGAUGCUGAACUUGGGAUCCUCCUGCUUUGUGUUUUCCCUCUGGAGCUGGGAAUUCACUACCAACAAAGUACACUCUGCCUGGAGAGGCUGAGCGAGAGAUCUCUGGGCUGGGAAACAUGUCCUGCCUGCAAAAUAAGGGAGAGCCCCUGAGAAAGGACAUUUUUUGACUGAAGAAGUGUGUGUGGGUGUUUCUGUGGGGGAAGAGGGAGCGAAUCAACUCCCAAAGGGAUAGUCAAGCCGAGAUGAAGGUGGUGACGGGGUUUAUUUCUUUGUAUACAGCAAUAUUUUACUACAGUGAUAGAACAAAUGAAAAGGCACAGAAGAUUGAUGCUGUUGAGGUAACACGUUGCAUUGCAAGGGGAGAGCCUAAGAAAUCCUGUCCUGAUCCCUGCAGGAAAUGGUGCCUCUGGUGGGACACCCAGGGUGAUGUCCCAGGGCAGGGGUGGGCAGGGGGAGAUGGCCCCAGUGCUGCCCUGAGCAGUGAGGAGAGGGUGUGACUGGCAGGUGCUAUGGAAAGAGAAUAUUUAUUAACUUCCACUGGCCAUCGGUUCAAUACCAGCUGAUAUUUAUGGCAAAUCUAAUUCAGGAGUCAAAUUUGACCUAACAAUGUCUUUUCAAUAAUGUCCAAACCAAGAGGUUGCCGAAACUAAUUAAGGAUCAGGCUCCAAUCAGGUGAAGUAGUUAAGCUGUGGGACUAGACUUCAUUAAAUCCAUCCAGGGAGAGUAUUUUAAUAUUUAAAGAGAACAUUUAAUGUUUAUGUAAGUCCUCUCGUGACGAGAAGUCACAGUUAAAUCACUCCAGAAGGUGGUUUUUAGAGCCCUUUAUUCCAGGAUUAUACAGAGCUGGGCUGGCAAACACCUGGCAAGCACCUUUCUCUCUUGGACCCAAUGAGGCUUCUUAAAAGAUCCAGUCCACCAAGGCUUCCAGGGGUGAGGAACAGCAAACCAAAAAUUAACAAGACAGCUGUCAUGGUUUUUCUCUCUCCCAGCAGCACAGUCUCCCGAGCUGGCAGUGGGACUGAUGGGAGUGUUUUGCUCUGGAUGUGUGAGAGUCUCACUCCAGCAGAGCUGGAGGGAGGCUGGAGCAGCACUGCAGGGCUGGGCUUGACAUCCCUGGAGAUGGUGCUCAAGAACAAACCUGUUUACACAAACAGGUUGGAGAAGAGAAUUGUCAGUCAAGACACUUCUAUUCUCAGCUCGGGAGCAACUGGAGGAGUAAAUAUACCUCUGGUUAGCUGGGGGAUGAAUUUGAUUGCAGCUGAUGCAAGGCCAAAGGGAUUUCUGGUCGAAUGUCCCUGUCCACACUUUACCCUCGUGUCUUCUUUCCUGUGUUGUUCAGACUCUCACGAUGGUUUCAAGGAAGGUGGUGGCCAGUUUGCUCCUGGUGUACCUGGUGUCUCUGCUGGCUGAACAGGCUGAAGGCUUCAUGCCCUUCUUCACCCACAGUGACUUCCAGAAAAUGCAGGAGAAGGAGAGGAACAGGGGAGGGCAGAAGAAAUCCCUGAGCUCCCUGCAGCAGCUGGACGAGGAAGGCUCCUCUGAGCAGCCUGGUGUGGGUGCCAGCACGGCCAGGGCCAUCCAGCAGGCUGUUCCUGUCAGACCUGGGAUGUGGCUCACCCCAAGGCAGCUGGAAAAAUACCAAGAUGCCCUGGAGAAAGUGCUGGCAGAGCUGUUACAGGACACCCCAGACGCUGAUUGAUAUCUGCAGAAUCAGAAGAGAAAGCGCUGGAGCUGCUAAAGCUGAAAGACUCCACUUAUGUAAACGAAAUCUGUAAGAGAUUAACAGCAAAAUCUGAGGUGAGAUAAUAAAAUGCGCAGCACAAUUAAA